GUCCCCGGGGCGGGACGCGCGGGAAGCGGAAGUGCCCGGCGGCUCCGGCGGCGGCAGAUUCGGUCUGCGUCCGGGGCCCGGCGGCGCUGCCCGGGGAACGGCGCUGCUCCCGCCGCGCGGAUGUAUUUUUUAUGUUUGUUUCAUAAUCUGGAAGAAGAAUAGCAUUUGGAAUAAUGGCAACAGGAGACCUAAAUGGAAGUUUAAGAAAAAUAGAACAAGGACUUCGCUUGUUAAAUUAUCCAAGAGAUGUGGAUUAUACAGUGUUAGUAAAAGGUGAUCCAGCUGCAUUUUUACCAAUCAUCAGCUAUUGUUUUACAUCUUUUUCAACUUGCAUAGCAGAGCUUUUGGUAAAGUGUGAUGUAGAACUGACAGCCAAGAGUGACUUGCGUUUUAUCGAAGCUGUUUAUAAGUUUCUUCGAGAUCAAUUUCAGUAUAAACCAAUUUUAACAAAAGAGCAGUUUCUUCAGUUUGGCUUUGCGGAAAGAAAAAUGCAAAUUGUUUGUGACAUUAUCAACUGUGUGGUGAAGAAACAUAAGGAGUUGAGUAAUUCUAGUAAGGUUAAAUCCCAAAUGAGGAAAAAAAUCAGACCUUUUAAAUUUGAAGUACAGUCAAAUUGUGGUAAAGGUCUUGCUGAUCCUAGUGGCAGUGCUCUGAAUUCCAAAAAGAAGCCUCUUGUCGAACGGCACUCAGGAAAUGAAGUUAGUGGUGACCUUCGUCCACUACCCCUUCCAGCACAGGGAGGGAAUGAAGAAGAAUUGUGCCUAGAUCAUGAUAUUGUGGAAGUUAAAUGUGAACAAGUCAUAGAAGAAAAUUCACAAAUUGAGUUUUUAAAGAAUCAACUUGCAGAUUUCCAGGAAAAGCUUCAUAAGCUAGAUUGGAUGGAAGAUAAGCUACAAGUUUUAGAAGAGAAACUGCAAGGAAAGGUGAUCAUAGAUGAGAAGGACUGGAAUAACCUACUGAAUCGAGUUUUGCUUCUUGAAACAGAACUGUUGUUACAAUCCAAAAAGAGAGACUUAUCUAAAGAGUUCAGCAAUAUAAAUCGAGAAAGUACUUCUAGUAGCAGUCCAGUUUCUCUUGAUACAGAGAGGAAUGAAGAGAUGCCAGAGAGUCAUCCUCAGUCGUCUGGAUGCAGUUCACUGUUAUCCACAGAUCAAUCUCCCAAAGAUAUGACCAUUAAUUCUCAUGAUCUGACAGACAUUUCAAAGGAGACAAUAAGACAAAGAAUGGAAAAGAUAAAUAAAAUAAUUGAAGAAACCUUCAACUUGUUCAAAACACCGUGUCCACCUCUGGGAAUUCCUGAAAGCAUAGGUCUUCAGAGUUAUCAGAAAUAAUAUGUAUACUUGUACAGCAUUAAAUUCUUAAUAUAUCGUAUUUGUAGCGAUCGCCAGUGCUUUUAUGCUUUGAAUAAAUAUUUUAUUCAUGCAUCUGUAUUGAUUUCCCUCCCCACCCCAAAUUUUUGUUUUUAAAGACUUGUUCAAAUAGCUUCUUCCCCCCUCCUUGCACUUUCGUAAAUUGAAGUCAUUACAGCAGUGUAUUUUUGUGUUGACAUUUGUUAGCAGUGUGCUAAGUAAUAUGUUUUUUAAAGUGUGGGCUUGAGGACUGUGGUUUACAUCCUGUUGGAAACAUUCCAGCUGGAGCUUGCAUAUUACACCCAAGAGGCAUUCUUACAUACCAUCUUACCAUCUGUACUGUUGAAUAAGUCUUAAUAAAAAACUUACAUACACAGUUUCAAA